AUCCAAGUAAACUUAUUCAUAGCAAUAGUCUUAUCCUAUCAUUUAGUUUCCCCGCCUAAACAUGAAGCUAUUCUCGUUUUCUCUAGCAUGUGUUUUUGUUUUUGCCCUUCUAGCUUCUUCCCUGGCUUCAGCAGCUAUCGUGGAACACAUUUUCAAAGUUCAAAACACGACUAUCAAACGUUUUUGCAAGGAGCAAGUGAUUGUGACAGUUAAUGGACUUUUCCCAGGGCCAACGAUAAAUGUCCACGAAGGUGGCACUGUAAUUGUCCAUGUAUUGAACGAGGGACCGUAUGAUAUCACUCUUCAUUGGCAUGGAGUGUUACAGCUCUUUAGUCCUUGGGCAGACGGUCCUGAAUAUAUAACUCAAUGUACAAUUAGACCCAGAAGUAAAUACACAUAUAAAUUCAACGUGACACAACAAGAAGGAACAGUAUGGUGGCAUGCUCAUGCAUCAUAUUUACGAGCAACAGUUCAUGGUGCUUUCAUCAUUAAGCCUCGUUCAGGCCGAUUUCCAUUUCCUAAACCGUACAAGCAAAUUCCUCUUAUAUUAGGAGAUUUGUAUAAUUCUAGAGUUGAGGAUAUUACUACUGAAGCACAGGCCAGUGGCGGAGGACCAAACAUAUCUUACGCCUUUACAAUCAAUGGUUUGACUAGCGGCCAUCUCAUGAAUUGUACUGAAAAUGAGACAUUUAAGAUGAAAGUUAAGCAAGGGAAGAUCUACAUGCUCCGAAUGAUCAACGCUGCACUCAAUUACGACCUAUUCUUCAAGAUAGCGAACCACAAUUUCACAGUUGUUGCCGUCGAUGCCUCCUACACCGACCACUACGUCUCCGACCUCAUCGUCAUUGCCCCUGGCCAGAGUGUUGACGUGUUAUUCACAGCGAAUCAACCCACUGGCUCGUACUACAUGGUUGCAUCUCCUUACGUUGUUGGUCUCGAAGACUUCGACGCCAACGUAGCUCGCGGCACGGUCAUUUACGAAAAUGCCCCGCCAUCGUCAAAGCCCAUAAUGCCAGUUCUACCCCCCUUCAACGACACGGACACGGCUUAUACUAAAUUCUACAAUGUCAUAACUAGCAAAGUGAGGGCCCCACACUGGGUUCCUGUGCCACGUAAGGUGGAUGAGCACAUGUUCAUUACCAUUGGGUUCAACCUAGAAUUGUGUGAUUCCAAGAAUCCCAACAACGCCACGUGUAAGGGUCCAAAUGGUCACAGAUUUUCUGCCAGCAUGAACAAUGAGUCAUUUUCUGUUCCCGCGGGUGUGAAGCUUUCUUUGUUGGAAGCAUUCUAUAAAAACAAGAGCAGUGUUUACACUAGGGAUUUCCCUGACAAGCCUCCGGUUAUGUUUGACUUCACGAAUCUGAACGACGCUAACAAUACGAACCUUCUAUUUGCGCCAAAAUCAACCAGGGCGAAGAAGCUCAGGUUCAAUUCAACGGUGGAGGUUGUGUUUCAGAAUACAGCACUUCUUGGGGGCCAAAACCACCCCAUGCACAUUCAUGGGUAUAGCUUCCAUGUUUUGGCUCAAGGGUUCGGGAAUUUCAACAGGAAGGAUAGGGCUAAGUUUAAUUUGGUGAAUCCGCAAUUACGCAACACUGUUGGUGUGCCUAUGGGAGGAUGGACUGUCAUCAGGUUCCAAGCAAACAAUCCAGGGGUUUGGCUUGUGCAUUGCCAUAUGGAAGACCAUGUUCCGUGGGGACUAGCCAUGAUUUUUGAGGUUGAGAACGGACCAACUCCUUCAACUUCAGUCCCUCCACCACCAGCUGAUCUUCCUAAAUGUUAACCAGGUUGCAGAGUGCAGUACUACUUAUGAUCAGAAAUCAACACCAUUUGUCGCGUGCAUUUUCUUCUACAUGUGUCAUAAGUAUAUCUAGUGGUAUCUAAUGUUACCAAAAAAUGACAUCAUAUUGCCAGCAAAAAAUAAUUUCUAGUAGAAAUGUUUAGGAAUUUCAAAGUGAAAUGUUGUAACCGAUCGACCUUGGAAGUCAAUAAUAUAAAUUGGAGUUUAUUGUUUUUAUGUGUA